AUGAGCGAAGCGGCGGCCACGGCGCUGGCGGCGUGGCGAGGGGGCUCCGUGCCUGCGCCAGGCGGCGGUGGUGGUGCGGGGAAAAUGAAGAAGCUGUCCGCUCAGGGCAACAACCUCACCAAGUACUGGGGUGCGCCGCUGCCCUCCUCCAAGAAGUCUGGCGCGAAGCGUUUCGGCGGUGGCGUGGCCACCGGCCGCGGCGGGUUUGAGCUCUGCGGCGACGGCGGCGCGACGCCUGACCGCCCCCCGCGAGUGGCAGCCUUCCGCGGUGGAGGGGUCGCCGCCUCCAGGACGCUGGAGAAGGACCCGCUCUCGAUGCCGCCGCCGCUCGAGGACAAUCCAUCGGGGGGGCAGGGAAAGGAGGAUGACCCGCCCGCUGCUUCGACGAGCAAGUUCUUUGGUGGCAGUGGCGGUGGCGGCGGCGGCAGGCGGGGUGCGGCCGUGCAACCGUCCGGCCUCCGGAGGCGAUUUCGGCCACCUCUCGACGCGGGCAGGAGUUCCGCCGGCGGCGGCGGCGGCGGCAGCGGGCGCUCUGCUCUUCGCGGAGGUCGCGGCGACGUCGAUAACGACGCCGGAGACACGGACCCAUGUGGAGCAGCGGACUACGCGUAUCCUCGCCUCGAUGUUCCGCGAGAGACAGCGGCGGUGGCCGGGGCGGCUGGCUUGGGCUCAGGCACCGCCACGCGUGGCGGUGGCGGCGGCGGCGGCGGCGGCGGCGGCGGCGGCGGCCGGCUGAAACGGAGACGGACGCUCGGGCUCGGAUCGGUGGCACCCAGCAGGAUGAUCCGCGGCUUGGAAGGGGUGGGGGGCGGCGGGGCUGGGGGACCUGGUCGGCGUAGCAAGAGUCUUGGAGGUGUACCUAGCGCCGCGAGGCACGACGAAGACGACAACGCUAAUGGCAACAACGGUGACAAAGCAGGCUGCGUCGGAGACGCUGACGUUGGUUGCGUCAGCAACCUCUUCGAGAGGUUCGCUGCAAGACCGCAAUAUCAUCAUUCCCUAAAGGCCACACCUAUUGGCCGACAACCACCAGCAGCAUGGAAAAAGCCUGGUACUACGGACGACGGUGAUGAUAAUGGGGCAGCAACCGUUGCGACAAAUGAGCUCCGUGCCACUGCUUCCCCCGCUGCCGCUACGAUCAGCGAGGCAGACGACGACCACCACCACCAACAUACUAAACCCAAAAUAACUGUGCACGCGGGCGGGACGGCGGCGGGGGCCAAGGAGGAUGGAGCGGCGAGCGAUGAUGCCCCCUUGACGGGGGAGCACGCACAGAAAGACACUCCUAGCCAUUCCACCCCCCUUGCUGCUGCGCCAAUAUCGUCACCGCCUGCUCGUGGGAGGAUGGCAGAUCGACCCCGGGUGGGGGCGGGCCAUGAUGAUGGUGUUGGCGGCUUCGCCAGCGUGGACGGAAAGGGCACUACCUGCUGCAUCACGACCGCGAUCAAAAACAAGAGCAGUUGCAGCGUUAGAAACCACCAAGACAAGCAUGUUUGUCGCCGCGGAAGUAGCAAUGCGGGUAUCAGCGAGCGAAGGAAGAGUAGUAGUGGUAGCAGCAGCGCAGCAGGUCGAACGACGAAGGAUUUGGCCGGCGGGAAUAGUGGGUUGAGCCCCGACAUUUUUGCUCAGUUCAUGUAUUCACCACCAUCGCGGUGAGGAGGUGUGCUCCCCCUGGCGGCUACUAAAUUACUUGUUUGUGCUGCCGCUGCUUGACACAGCAGUGGAAAGCGUCCUUCCUCUCUAUAUUGGUCGCCCAGCAGAGUUAAAAGUACAGCUAAAUUUAAUUUUGGGGAAUCUCAUUCUCAGGGAGGAGGUGGACCAGCAGUAGUCCGCAUCUCGUACCUAUCUAUUGAUGCAUACCUG